AGCCGGCGGGGCUGUUCGUGGACGCACCUCCCUCUUCCUGAGUGGCUUUUCCACUUUAGGAGCAGCUCUGAAAGGCAGAAACGGCUCAGAGUUUAAUCAGCCUCAGCUCAGUCUCCGGGACAGGACCCUCCGAGCUCACAGGAGACCCACGGAGGAGGAUCGGACCGCACCGGACCGGGUGCACAAGUGGACCCGAGUGGCGCCAACACCAGGACGCACCGUUUCCCACGGGCUGAUCUCCCCAGCAGGGCGGGGGUUGGUGUGUUUUUUUUCUGCAGGGGGACCUUUCAUCCACACCCCCUCCUCAGCAGCAUCCUGAGGAGCUUCUCUGCUCAUUUCCACUGUGACCGAGCAACAGGUUGAGCAGCGCCGCCGAGAGAAGCAACCAUGCCGAGCAAGAGCCAGGUUCUGCGGCCGCGGCUGUGCACGCUGGAGAAGGGCGACAACGGCUACGGCUUCCACCUCCACGGGGAGAAAGGUAAGACCGGCCAGUUCAUCCGCCUGGUGGAGCCCGACAGUCCGGCUGAGACCUCCGGGCUCCGCGCCGGUGACCGCCUGGUGUUCGUGAACGGGGAGGACGUGGAGAACGAGAGCCACCAGCAGGUCGUGUCCCGGAUACGAGCCACCGAGGGCCGGCUGGAGCUCAUCGUGGUGGACCCGGACACGGAGCAGCUGCUGAAGAAGCACAACAUCAAGUGUCUGAAGGGCUUCGUCACCGACGGCGUCCCGUUACCGUUCGACGAGGAGGAGGAAGAGGAGGAGGAGGCGGCGGAGAAGGAGGUGGUGGUGGUGAAGGCACCGGAGGAGGAGGAGGAGGAAGAACAGGAGGAAGAACAGGAGGAAGAGGCGGCGAAGGAGGUGCCGGAGGAUGCGGAGCUGGACGGGACAGACAGCGGGGAUGAGCGGCACGCCAAGCGGGAGGAGGUGGAGGAGGAGCAGGAGGAGACAGCCCGGGAGUCCAUGCCGGUCCCGGACAGUAACGGAGAGAUCCACGGACACGUCGAGAAGAAGCUGAGCAUCAGCUCCGAGAAGGAGGUGUCCACUGAGCUGAGACCUCGUCUCUGUGUGAUCCAGCGAGGCCCCAACGGAUAUGGCUUCAACCUGCACAGCGAGCGGGCGCGGCCAGGCCAGUACAUCCGAGCUGUGGAUGAAGACUCUCCAGCGGAGAGGGAAGGCCUGCAGCCCAAAGACAGGAUAGUGCAGGUGAACGGCGUGUCGGUGGAGGGGAAGACGCAUUCAGAAGUAGUUGCUGCCAUUAAAGCCGGCGGCCAUGAGACCCGGCUGCUGGUGGUCGACCCCGAAACGGACGCCUUCUUCAAGAGGUGCCGAGUGACCCCCACCUCCGAACACCUGAGCGGUCCGCUGCCAGAGCCUGUCAUUAACGGAGGGAUGGAGGAGAAGGUGAAUGGUAGAGUGGCCAAAGAGGCAGAGAGGGACUCAAAGCUGUCCGUCAGUCCUUCUCCAUCCAACGCCUCGUCCAACGCCUCGCUCACAACCCCGCCAGCAAACACCCCGCCUGAGGGUCCGAUCACAGAUGCCAUCCCAGCUCUCAAUAUGACACUGCAGCAGGUCAAAGAGCUCGCCCACCAGAAACGCUCCAACAAGAGAGCCCCGCCAAUGGACUGGACCAAGAAAAAUGAACUCUUCAGCAACCUAUAGGGCUCCUCACCUCACCUGACACACACACACACACACUUUUAUUUUUUAGGGAUUCUUACCAGAAGACAUCAAAAAGAUCAUUUUGUUAAUCACCAUGACGGCGAAAGAGAAGUUUAACUAAAGGCGCCAGACAAGCCAUUGUGUAAAAUAUAUGAUUUUUCUUAUUAUUAUUAUUGUUAUUACUCCAUGUGUUAUUAUAAGCCAGAUAUUAAACGGUAUAAUGUGCUACUAACAUGAAAGAUACAUUGGCCAAUGAAAGAGAACUGGACCGUGUUGAAAAUGUUCAUACUAACAUUUAAAACACUGAAGUGUCUUCUGUUAGAGUGACAACAUUAAGAAAAAGACAGCCAGACAAUCAAUUCAUUUAUCUCUAUUUUGCUUUAUGAUCAGUUUUUCACUAUUAAACAUCUGACAGAAGAGUUAAAUUCACUUUCAUUGCUUUUAUUUCAUUUGUGUAGUAAUCUUCUCUUAUUAAAUUUUUGAGAAAUAUCACAUUAGAGCUCUAUUUGUUGUAUUUUUGAAGAAAUAUAUGAUUCCAAAAUAAACAAUGUCGCUUCCUUUAUAAACUGAUUUCUAAUAUGAAUCUCUGAUCUCUGUUUUGGGAAAUACUUGCUGAUGGCUUUAAACUGGAAAUAACUGUAUUUUAAUGUAUGUAUAUAUAUAAAUAUAUAUCAUAUAUCAUGUAUAUUUUUACACUUUUGACAUAAAUUCGUCUCUGAAAUGAAGGUUAAAGCCCAUGCUGCCACUCAUCUGCGCUUUGUCUGGUCCACACUUUAUUGAAUGUGAACUACAGUAUAUUGUGACUAACUUAUCCCACUUUUUAUCAGCUAUCAUUGCUGCUGUGAAUGGCUCCUCAGUUCACAUAUUUAGAAUACUGAAUAUUUUUAUUGCUCCAACAGAAAUGAGAAUUUAUGAGAUUUUUACAUGUUUCUGUUGAUGUCUUAAAAACGAUAACUGUGUAACUUUUAAAUCACCAGAAGGAAUGUCUGUGCUUGGGUAGAUUGUAUGCAUUUGUCCAGUAUUGACAACAGUGAUCAUUUUAAAACCGAAUGGCUGAAUCUAUGAAGAGUUUUUUGUAGUUACUGUUAGCAGUAAACGAUUUCUAUACUGUAAUGUCAGUCUUGAACAUUAUCCUGUUAUUUGAGAAUUAAUAAAACUAUUCUCCAGUG